UCUCUCUCUGCGUUCCUCAAUAUCUGCUACCGCGAGGCCGAUCGGCCGUCCUGGGUUCUCGACGGAAUGCAGUAAGUCAAUCUCCUCACUGGUGGCGUAUCUCGUGACUACGGCGCGCAGGGGCGGUGUUUGUGAUAAGUCCUCCCUUGUUCUGGCCUGUAUCAAGCGGGCGGGCGAAGCUCCUUCUUUCGUUGCUUUGAGGCCGCUCGAUGUGUGUGAUUAGUCCUUUGGAGUUCUUGGCUGGAUUGGGUGGUCGAGGCUCCUCAUUUCGUCGUUUCGAGGCCUCUCUGAGUGUUUGCGAUAAGUCCUUCCGUGUCCUUGGCUGGGCCGGGUGCGCGAGGCUACUCAUUUCUUUGUCUCGAGGCGCGCAGGAGGCUCGGGACGAGGGACUUCCCUUCUAUUUUCGGAGACAGCGGAGUUCAGGUUCGGAUUCCUCAUCGGCGGCGGGGAUGGCGUUGGCAACUCCGUGCAGAAUCUGUUGGCUUGCCUCUACCGGACUCAGCUCGGUAGCCGUUCUUGCUUCAUCGGCACUACGUGGAGCAAAGUGAUCGAGGGGCCAACGGUUGAGCACAGGGAUUGAGGGUUGUGACGGCCAGUGCCUCUGCAAAGUGGACAUCAAACCGUGGGCUUUAUCCACGAAGAAAUGAUCUAAGAGGCGAGAGCAGCAAAGUGGACAUCUUCUGGGAUUUGUCUGCUGCCAAGUUUGGGAUGGGAACUCAGCCAUUGGAAGGUUACUAUGUCACUGUCUUCUUUGAUCUUCAGAUGGUCCUCCUGCUCGUCGAUCUGGCCAAGGAGGCCCACAAUAAAACUACAGCGUGAACCUCUGUAUUCAAAUGUGGUUUUGGUGGCCAUGAGGGAACCUAUAUAUGGGAAGACGGUCCGACAAUGGACAAAUUCAUCAUGUUGCAAUUGGGUCAAGCUAUUUGUGUGGGAAUUCCAUGGAAACCAGGCAAUCCUGGUUGACAUCCUUCCCCAUAGAGGGUUUCAGACAAUUCCAAUUUCAAGGCGUUGGCUUUUCAUUGAUGUUACAUGCUUCAAUAAACAAGAGGAUGGAAAUGGACUUCCACCUGAGCCUAAAGCAGACUGAGGGUUGUUUACUCUCCUUUUCUGCUCAACCUGCAUUCAACCACCACCAAUGAGCCAAUAAUAUACCCACCUUCACUUCUCCUGCAGAUGGGGUGGCUCCAAUCCCUCUUCUCCCCACUGAAGAAGCUGUGGAUUCGCCUGCAUUCUGCACAUAAAAAGAAGAGAGGGAUCUACAUCCUCUAUGAGGAUGUCAAGUCAUGCCCAUAUGAAGACGUGCAUGUCCUCUGGUCGAUCCUCAUGGAAUCGCAUGCGCCACAGUUGCAAUUGAAGCAAUGAGGGUUUGUUUCCUUAGGGCCUCAGAGAAGAAGGGACUCGAAGAGAUGAGCACCAUGGUUUUGAUGUACAGUAGAACAUACAAGUAUGUGUUUAACGCCUCUCCUUUGUAGUCAUAUAAUACCUGUUUGUAAGUGUGAUGAACUCUGUAGGCAAUUUUUUGUACCCUUUUUGCUUGUAUACUUUCUUUGCUUGUGUACACAUGUAUUCAAGUAGAUCAACAAAGAAGAAAAAGACUGAACGAAUG